AUGCUUGCCAGCACCCGUCGUCGGCAUAAACCACGAUCGGUCGAAGAUAGCAGCAUUCUCAGUGCCAUAUCCUCAAGCACCUGGCUAUCAGCCGCCCAGAAAGUCCACAAGCUAGCGGAUCUUCCACUGAUCCGCAAUUCUACUACAGCGAAAGAAAUCCGCCGUAAUGCUCUUGAGGAAAUCCGCCAUCGGGGGAGGUCGCGGUCCAAACGUCGAAGUAGACGAGAGAAAGAGUCGCGAAGUGAUGGACGAUCAUUGAGACAGAGAGAGAAUCAUGGAGCGCAAAGUGGACAACAAAGGAAGCCCCCUGAAGAUGAUGCAAAACAAAUACGCCGCUCAGGCAAUGACACCGACACCGAGGCUCGCUCGCGCGCACGAAGAUAUCCAAGUUCAGUGGGCACACGCCGCCAACCCGGAGACCCUGACGUCCCUACUGAGUAUAAGCCAUAUGAUGCUUCGAACGACGAUGAAUAUGAAGAACGACAUGCAGACCAUGAGUCAGAACGAAUCCAAGUCGAAGAAUAUAAAGGUCCUUUGACCAUGGCAGGAGCACUGCCAGCUCCCAUAGCCCAAGAUCCGCAGAGUAUUGGGGGUGCAGAAAGGAGAUCCCAUAAGCACCACUCUUGCGAUUCAUUCGUCUUUUGUCCCAGACACAACCCGGAGCCGGAGCCAGAGCCAUCAAAGUUCAGUUGGAAGGAAACCCUGGGACUCAGCCCGGGUAAAGAAAACAGAACGAAGCACCAAGGCCGCAAAAGUUAUUACCAGCGACAACAAGAAAGGAUGCAAGCUAGCUCUAAAAGGAAGGGCCACCAACGGGGAACACGCAACAUAAGUAGCCAUACUCCUGGGAAUUCUUACGGCUCGGAAUCGAAAGCUCGGAGGGUUCGUGUAGAGCGGACGCGGAGGCACCGUGGUACGGAGUUGGACGUUUCUAACCCACAGAAUUAUCCAGAUGGAACCGAAAACAAUAACGACGACUCUAAUGACGAGGAAGAGGAGCAAUUCCAGGACGACUUCGAUGCACCGCCUGGUAGCCCAAACCCUGUCGACCGGAGCAAACCGUCUUCCCAGGCUUCUCUAUCAUUCAACAGCUCAUCCAGAGCAAGCCAGUCCGAGUACCAUGCAGACAGCGAUGCCAGCGAUGAUGAGAAUCGACUGUCCAAGGUCUCCAUUGCGACUGAGAGCACCAUUCCGCACGCGCCGCCAAACCCGGACUGGUCGGAUCCGAUCAUCCCCGGGGCAGCACAGGACGGGAGCUGGCAUUCGACGGAUAGGGUACCGGAAAUACAACGGAGGUUCUUCUACAAUGCCGGAAGAGCGCAGAUUGAGAGAUGGAGAAGAAAGAACGGGAGACAGAGGAAGAAACAGGAGGAAUCAGAGCAGAUGACGCAGUCCCUGAAGGGGAAAGAGAAAGAAUGA